AAAAAAAACAUACACAAGCUGCCCAGGUCGUCUCCCCGAGAAAAACAAAAUAAGGCUGUAGUCAUCUUCAACCUCUGCCUAUGAACGGAAACGGCAGAAACUGGCCGCGUCGAUGCGCCCUACUGCACCCUCUCCUCUGCUCGGACCCCAGGAAACAGCCGCGGCCAUUAACGCCGACUCCCGUUGCUCCACGUCCUCCCUCUCUGUAUAAAUUCGACCGGAGCUUCCAAAUAGCAUACCACACUCCUUCACUGAUCCACGCCCCCAGGCUGCCCCUGUGGAGGGAGAAUUUCUUCGCCGGAGUUCCGACGGCCGCGGCGAUGUUUCGCGAAUUCUCCGGCCGGAGGCCACCCACGACGAGCACCCGACGCCAACGUCGCUGUAGCUGUUCGCCGCCAUCUCCAGGAGCUUCGCCAAAGGAGCACCGCAUCUUUUCCAGCGUGGAGAGAGGAGCGACGAUCACUACGUGUUCUUCCCGGGAACCCCACAUCCUCGACACCAGCUCCAACCGAACCGCUGCAUCAAGCAGCUUUCCACGCGACCAAAUUCCCUUCCAGAUUGCACGGAGUGUAGCGAGGAAUUUUAUCAAGAAGAAGAUCCUUGUUGCUGUUGUUCCGAAGAUGACGAGUAAGGACGAUAGGAUCACGAGCCUAUACUCAACAAGCCCUGUGGCGUUGAUGAAGCCCAAGACGUACCUUUAUGUUUCCGCUGUAAUGUGAGCCAGCCACUAUGUUGUGCAAGGAUGUAAUAAUCUCUGGAUUCAUCGUUUGAGUAAUAAAAUGACGUAUGUUAUAUCUUGA